AGCUACUGUCCCCUGAACUGAGAGAGAAAUGGCAGCUGUAGAUAAUGCUUGGGACUGAAUACCUUUUCCAAGAUGCUAAUGUCUUCUCUCCGUGACAUGAAUUGAUGAUAAGCCAUCUAGAGAUCUUGAGGGCCCCACUGAGCCAGGAAACAUCUGAAGGUUUACAUGGGGGUGGCAUUUCCUAGAAUAGGAUGGGCGUGUCUUCAACAGUAACCAGAAGGGCUGUGGGCAGCUAGACCAGAAGGAGCUGCAGCCACAGGUGGAUGCAGACACAGAGAACGGCCGGCUAUAGGACCUUACAACAUGGAAGGAAAAUAUCCACCCAUUCAGGGUAAACUGGGGCUUGGUUCAGGCUCAUCUUCAUCCCUCUGCGUUCCUGGCACAGUCCUGGAAGACCCUGUGCACUGCCUCAUGCCUGCUGCAUUCCCCUCAGCACAGUGGGACCAAAAGCUGCCCCAGGAUGGCCCCUGGAAGUUUUUCUGCCAGGCAAUGACUCUGGUGCUGCUUCUGCUCGUCCUCAUCCUAGGUGUGGUCCUGGCUGAGGUACUGCAGUUCUCCAACCAGAUGGAAGAAGACCUCAAGCAAAUGCACAUCAAAUUUGUGCAGGGUCUGGCAGAUGCUGGGCACCAGCGGGACAUCAUGUGGGGAGAGGUGUUCCGGCAAACGGAGGCCAUGCGGGCAGGCAAUGAAUCCUCCUGCGAGCCCUGCCAUGAAAACUGGACGGCGUUUCAGGGCUCCUGCUAUCAGUUUUCCACAGAACGAAAGAGCUGGUUCCAAGCCAGGGAUUACUGUACUGAGAAGAAUGCUCACCUGGUCAUCAUCAACAGCCAAGCAGAGCAGAAAUUCCUGAGUCCAAAGGGAAAUAAUCACUACUGGAUUGGCCUCAGGAAACAGUACCCACAGGGCAUUUAUAAGUGGCAAGAUGGCUCAGUCCCCACCUUCAUCAACUGGCGUGAUACCACAUCUUCCGAAUACGAUUGUGCCUACCUGAUGAAUCUUGGCUCUUGGUUCUCUUCUUCAUGCUAUACAUAUUGGUAUUAUUGGAUUUGUGAGAAGCCACAGGUCUGCUGAACCUGCUCCUUUUCCUCUGUCUGCAGUUUUGGGAAAGAUUGUAUUGAUUUGUGACCUCAUAAAAAUUCACCAACUUGGCCACAGAAAAGGGGGUCUCCUGAAAGCCCUAGUGCUCUUGGUAGCAUUGUCCCCUUUUCUUGUCCCUACUUCUAAAUUCUUUUGAAGUACGUGUAAAAUAACACCAGGAUGAAACAAUGAGCAAAAUAUAUCAUGUAGGACAUUCUACAAGAUAAAUAAUCUAGUUUUUAAAAAAUGACAUAAAGGCAAAUGUCAUAUUAUUAUGUAUGAUAAAAUAAAAUAUAAAUAGAUAAAAUAAGAGUCUUAAUGACAUAACUAAAUUAAUGUGUGUACCAUGUUUGGAUUUUCAUUAGAAAAUGUUUGAAAAAAAAUCACAAUAUUUGAGUAUGGAUUGUGUAUCAGGAAACAUUAAAGCAAUUUUAUUUAUUUAUUAGGUGUGCUAAUGGCAUGGCAUAGAUACAUGAUGGAUGGAUGAAUAGAUUAUAGAUAGAUAGAUGGACAGAUAGAUAGAUAGAUAGAUAGAGAUACAUCACUAUAUGUUAGUUAUCUAUACUAACAUGAGCAUGGAUAAUGCCUACGGGUAAAUUUGUGUACUGUGUGUGAUUUUCUUUAAAAUAAUUAAUCAAAUAAAAGGAGAUAUUGUAAGAAA